UUAUGACAGACUGCAGCGAAGAUAUGAUCCUAGGUCUGGACUUUCUACGGAAUUUCAAUGCUACUUUCAACUGUGCGGGGCUGUCUACAAGUUGUGAUCCCGACAACCUAAAUGAACCCCAAUCUAACCACACUUCAGUAGUUCUUUCUAUGGAACCUAUAUCUGAAGUACAACCAGUUCUAACGAAAACAACUCCGCAUGAAAACACCGGUAAUCAAACUAUCACCGAACAUAGUCCUACAGACCAGAGAAUUAUUCAAAAUUUCCUGGAUUCGGAACUACCAAAAUUCAACGACAUUACCGAACUUUCAAACAUUGCCACACAUAAAAUCGUCAUGAAGGACGACCGCCCCGUCAAGCUGAGGUACGCGCAGAGGAACCCCGCUAUACAGGCAAUAAUUGAUGCCGAAGUCAACAAACUAAUUGCCCGUGGGUUUAUAGAACCUUCAAACAGCCCCUAUAGCUUCCCCAUCACUCUGGCCAGAAAGAAAAACGGAUCCUGGAGAAUGUGUAUGGAUUUCCGUCAGCUAAAUGCCAGUGCAGACCAUAGCCAAGCAAUAAAAAGAAAAAAAAUCAGAAUGGGAGACAAAUUUGAGGAAUCACGUCAGCGAUUCAGAAAGUCUUGGGAGAAAGAAGAGGCCAAGCGUAGACGCACAAUUUUCCUGGGAGAUGACGAUAUACCAUCAACCAGUGGGGGACGUCGGCAACAAAAAUCAUACCGGCCGGAAGUACCACCAACAGCACGCAGAACAAAGACCUACAGAACUCGUGACCAAUACCAACAUGCAAAAUGUGGACGAAUGUACGGGCCAGUACCUACUGCUUCUUCACAACAAAACAGCACCGAGCAUACCGUAGAUUUGACCCAAGAAGACUCAACAUUCCAGACACCAUGGACAACCGUAGAUCUAAGCCAAGAAGAUUUCACGCCGCAGCCGUCAACAUCAUUACCAACCGUGGAUCCAAACCCAAAGAGCUCCACUUUACACUCAACACCACCAAGACCCACUGAAGAUAACCCACUUUCCAGAGAAGAAUUUCAAGAACUUCUUACAAUUCUGGGGCUGGGCGACGAAGAAGUGGAUGACCUCAAUAGAACCUACAUGGGCGACCUAGACCGCACUGUGGAUAAACGACCACCUACACCACCAUCACCUCUUCCACCAAGGUCACCACCAUCAUUGGAUUCAGAAGGCGAAAGUUACCGCCCACCGACACCACCCAGACGAUUAAGAUUUGGCCGAGUAGAAGUCCAUGAUAGUCAACGUCAAUAUGUCGGUUAUACGUGCUAUGAGCGAGUAAUGAAGGUACGCCUUUUGGUACCUACGAGCACCACCGAGUACCCUGUCCCAAUUGACCAAAAACCACAUUGCUCACCGGAACGAUCGUUCGAAGAACCUCUUACCAAUAAGUCACCUAAUGCAAACCUAACAUUGGAGAAGAUUCCAGAAACCUACAGCAUCUGCGAUGGUAAUUCUACACCAAAACCACCAAACAGUAUCCCCGAAAAGCAUAGUCAGGAGAAUAUAUUACCAAUACCGAAUAUCCCUAACUCGGCUGGGAUAACAUAUGACAGCACAUUACAACAUCCACUUUGUAUCACUUUGUCAUCUAGUAGUGAUUCAACCACCAAUACAAAAUCAUCUACUAGUGAGUCUUCAACACAAUCGCCAAUCUCGUUAUAUACAACAAUAGAUGAAAUCAUUCCACCGACAACAACACUAAUGUCAUAUGAAAGCAUCAACAACCAUUGCUCAUCUAUCACAACAGACCUCAACCGAACUAAACAAUGGGUUAGUGAGCAGAAUGAAGAAUCUCCAGCUACUCCAGACAUACCACCAGAACUAUUCUGUGAAAUAGAAGACAAGCUUACAAAGCGUAAACCUGGACAACGCAUGAAGUUCCUACGGAUGAUUGGCAAUACGCGCUACAAGAUCGACAUCUUCAAGAGCGGAAACUAUCGAGUCACCAGCCAGAACUUAUAG